AUGGCUCAUCCCUCGUCCAGCAAAGUGCUGAUAUUCGAUGUGGAAAACAAAGACGAACUCUAUACCGCGCUGGUGGGCGAGUUAAGGCGGCACAAUAUAAAAUAUCGCAAGGAUAAAAUAUCGAAAGCGUCCCAGGAUAAAGGAAAAUGCCGGCGAAUCUUCAACGCAGCACUACACACACAGGAGCUAACGGAUGUGAUUUUGGCAAACGGUGGCAUCGUACAGAUUCCGCUUUUCGUGUCCAACGCUUGCCAGUUCAUACUGGAAAAAGUCAACAGCGAAGGUCUGUUCCGGAAAACGGGCUCGGCAAAACGGCAGCGAGAUAUAAGGGCCAGUUUGGAAGCGGGAGAACCGUUAGGACGCUCGUACGAUGUCUUCGAUGUUGCCAAUUUGCUGAAAACGUUCUUUCGUGACCUGCCUGAACCGUUGUUACCCUGCGGCAACAUCCAGGAGGCCCUGCUCCGUUGCCUGAUCGGAGAGCAGAAAGUUCAGAAGCUACUAAUGACCUGCCUACUGCUGCCCUCACUGACCCUGAACACACUGGCGUUCUUCAUGCAAUUUCUGCACACGGUCUCGCAACACUCGGCCAAAAACAAAAUGACCAUCAAAAAUCUGGCCAUUCUCAUCACACCGAAUCUGAUGCCUUUCGAGCAGGACCAGAAGCGUAUGGCUAGCAAUCAGCAGGUGGUACAGCUGCUGAUAGAAAACUCACAGCAAAUAGGGCUCAUUCCGGAGGUGAUCUUGCGCCAGCUGAAAGACGAUCCUGUCGCUGGUCGUGAUGCGAGCGUCCUGAUGGCCAGCAGUGUGACCGAUCGGAAGAAGAAAAAACGCAGAAGUGGUUCCUUAACGCGCAUGUUCAAUGGUUUCCGCAAGAUCGUCGGUGCCAUCGGCUCGUCGGAGAAUCUGGACAAAACGGACGAACUGAGUGAACCGGAUCCGACGACGGGUUCGGCUGUAAUCAUGGGUACGCCUUGUUUGAGUAAGUCGGCCAAGAAGCGUAAGGUCACGGAUGGAAUACCGUUCAGUGUUAAGAAAAAGAAAGAAGUGACUGCACUGUUUCCGGACACCAAGGACCUACUACCGUGCACCCCGACGGUGGUUAUAAAAGAGGUUAAGAAGAGCAGGCUGAGUCUGGGUGGUGGGAAAAAGCCGAGCAAAAUGGUGCAAAGGCUACUGCCAUCGGGCUCGAUACCGUCGAUUGCGGAGAAUAAACCAAUGGAGCGGCGCUGGAGCGUAGUUGGUGCACCGUGGGGUCGUAAAAAGCAACAGACGAACCGUAGCAAACAAUCGGCAGGCGAUGAUACAGAGGUGGAGACAAGGGAUCCAUCCGGCGCAAAGACGGAGGAUGAAUUUGAACCAGACGAGGAAGACAAAACGCUGCUCGGCCGGCGAGCCGGAUUACGUAUGUCACCCGUCAUUUCAAUGCCAUGUCUGACCGGGGCCGAUGGUUUGUUUAAACUGGGAGCCACAUCACGGCCCACCGAUGAGCACGAUGGAUCGGAAGAUUUCCUCAACAUCCGGCGCAGUGAAUAUGAAGCGAUCAAGCAGCGGAUGGAUGUGAUUGAGACGACCAUUUCACAGGAGUUCCGUAAUCUUGGGCGAAGCGAUGACGAAGUGCUGCUGGAGGAUGUGGAGGAUCAGUAUCGCCAAACGCUCGAACAUACGGAACCGAUCGAGGCCACUUGCUCAUCGACUGAUCAGUUGGCGAAGCGAUUGAGUCGCGAGCUCAAGAUAAGACCAAAUGGCGAGCACAAAGUUAUACGAUCACCGAGUGCCCGAAAGAUUGGAACGUUACGGCGACGUAGCCGCGAAGCGGUACGCUUAUCCCGUAACCAAUCGUGGCACAUCGGAAACGGUGGAGGCCUGGCCGCCCGAGAUGGCAAUGCGACGGUCGAUCUUUCCUUCUACCCCAAACCGACGGUGCUGAAGCGUGGUCGACAUCCUCCAGCACCAGCGGAGGGCAGCGAGGCAAUUUGCACUUUACCUUUGGAAGGUUCGCCCGCACCGAUGAUGGUGUGCCGGCCACCGAAGCAAAACAAAUCGGAACCAUCGCCGACAAUGGCGGCGGGUUCAAACUUUACCGACGAGGAAAAGGAGGAGAAAUGGAUGAAUGCCGAGAGCUACUUUGAACACAACAACGUGACUCCGACGGCGACCAUGAUGGACACCACGGUUGAUUUUCUAACGCCGGCCAAAGCACUGUCACAGGAUGAUACAUUCCGAACGCCCGAAAAGAACUCGAGACGAUCGUCGUUGCGGUCAGCUUCACGCCAGCCGUCCGCAUCGUCUUCCUCCUCCUGCUAUGUGACCCGGAUUGAGGUGAACACUCAAAAUGUCACCAAAACGCCCAUGCUACCGCCCGUCGUUCCACCGCGUCCGCUAAAAACACCGGGCCGAACACCCCGAUUGCCACCGAGGACACCCAGCAGCUGCAGUGGUGCGGUCACCGGAAUGCCGAGUAUGCUGUUGAAAACCCACAUGACGCCAUUGCAGGAGGCCCAGAGUGGCCGUGCAUCGAUCGCACGCAUUCGUAGUCAAAACGCUGGGAUGGUCGCGGCCAAGGCAAAACUGUUCGAUGGCAUGGUAUCCGGGGACACGAUCGCCGCAGUUUCUACGAAACGUGCGCCUCCAACGACGGUAAAUAUGGUUAAUCGACGGCAGAGUGCCAAGUUCCGUGCGGCUACUGUCGCCAUACCAUUGGCCGGUUCACCGUUGGCCUGCGAUACACAGUUGGCCCAGCUGCGGCAGAUACAGAAGCUGCGUUCGGCCUCGGCGCACAGCAACAAACCGCGUAGUCCCCGUAGCACGACGCCACGGAAACGCGCGUUUACGAAAUCCGCACAUCACCAUCACGGUGGUACGGGUGCCAUCAAUCGUCGCGAAAAGCUCCGUCAAAUCGCUAAAGGUCCGCCCGGAGUCGUCGGGGCGGGAGUUUCGGCAAAGGUACUCAAUUCACCGCGCCUUAUGCGCCAGUUGCAGGAGAACGUGCUGCAGCAGCAGUUACUUAUGGGGAGCAACGGUUGCCACUCCCCAAGCAGUAAGUCCGAUGGAGUAAGUUCCUCAACGACACCUCACAUCCGCCAUCAGCUGCUGCGGAACUCGCCACGACGCAUUCUUGCAGCAACUCCGCAUCGCGACAACCGUAACGCAGCCGUUGGCGAAAGGUUACGGACUCCGAUGAAAGCUACACCACUGUCCCGAUUCUCUAUCGUACAGCCCACCGGUGACCCGGGUGCGGCCUCCAACGCCGACGCCGACGAUCGUACUCCCUCACAAUCGCGUACAGCAUUCGCUCGACAGCCUCAGCUGCGGCAAAUGCGUUCUCCAAGUGCCAGUUCCGUGUUACGGACUUAA